CAAGAGUCAUUGCCAUAUUGCUAUAUCAUUUGCGAAGAACCGUUAAAAGCAAUCCAAUGUAAAAGCUUGAAAUUUGCUCACUCUUCCCCAAAACUUUCCUCUCCCCACUGUCUCUCUCCAUCUCUUGCUUUUCUUUUCUUUUAUUCUUUGUCCUUCACUUUUCCUUCACCCCUAAGGCUUCCCUUCUUCUUCUUCUUCUCUCCUCCUCCUCCUCCUCCUCCUCUACGUAUUCUCUUUCAAUUAAUACCAACAAACAAUCACCAAAAGAUCCUCUCUCUCUCUUUCUCUUCUUCAAUGGCAGAUGAAAACUACCACACCAAAUACCAACAGCUAAAGCAAGCAAACCCAACUAAGUACUAUACUAAUUUCCUCUACAAAGCUCUCAUAGUCACGAUCUUUUUAAUUAUACUCCAACUUUUUCCUUCACAAGCCCCUGAAUUCCUCAACCAAACUCUAAACACUAGAGGUUGGGAGUUUCUCCGCCUUGUCUUUGUUGGUAUAGCUGUCUCUUAUGGCCUGUUUAGCCAACGAAAUGACGAAACAGAAAAGGAAAUUAACAACAGCAACCCCUCAAGAUUUGAUAAUGCUCAAUCAUACGUGUCUAGAUUCCUUCAGGUUUCAUCGGUUUUUGAUGAUGAGGUUGAUAGCCCACCUGAGUCUGAAGAGACCAAAGUCCAGACGUGGAGCAACCAAUAUUAUAGGAAUGAUCCUGUGGUAGUUGUAGCUGAGCAGAACUCUGCUCUUGAUAAAGAACAGAGAGCUACUAGUUCAAGAAUUGGUGAAAAGCCACUCUUGUUGCCUGUUAGGAGCUUAAAAUCGCGAGUCAUAGACGCAGAUGUUGAUGAAAAUUGUAAAGAAUAUGCUGGUGGAUCUGCUUCUAUUAGUAGGUCUAAUUCUGAUUCAGGUUCUAAAAGAUUUUCAAGCAAUUCGAGUAAAAAUAAGAGUGGAGAGUCUGGAGGCUCGUAUUGUCAGGAAUUGGAAGAGAAGCUGAAGGAGAAUUUUGUGCUUCCUUCACCAAUUCCAUGGAGAUCAAGAUCAGGAAGAAUGGAAAUGAAAGAAGAAGCAGACAGUCCUCUUUAUAGUCUGCCUCCUUCCUUGGAGAAAUCUGAAUACAACAGGUCUUUUAAUUCCCAAGUUCCUCAAUCAGCAAGAUCCAUUUCCGCAACUUCUUCACCAAAACUGUCCCCUUCACCUUCUUUCUCAUCUGAGGUGCUCGGCAAAAGUGUGGAGGAUUUUGUGAGGAAGAAAAGCAUUUAUAGGUCUCCUCCUCCUCCACCACCACCACCCCCUCCACCACCAGUGAAUCGAGAAUCAUCAUCAGUGAAACCGAUUUCCAGUGCUGUUCAUGAUGAGGUUUUGCUUGAAAGAGAACUGAAGCGAAGUUUCACUACUGAACCAAAAGACUUGAAUAGGGGUGGCAACUUACCAAUGCCGAAGUCAGUUAGGACAAUUAGAAGCAACGAUUUGCUUGGUGAGGCGAGGAGGGAGAAAGAAUUUGAUGACAGAAUCAACAGCAAAGAAGAGAAAAGAUUGAAGGAAGUUGAAGCAAGAGGAAAGGAGAGGGCAGGAAGAAAGACGGUGAGAUUUGAUCAAUCAUCAUUCCAGACUGAGAAGCAGAACCGUGAAAGCGUGAGUUUUACGCCUCAGCCAACUUUCACGGAGUUUCACGAGGAAGAAAACGAAGAAUUCGUCGAGAAAUUGGUCGUGGAAUCUGAUGAGGGAUCAGAAACCGAGGAGGAGGAGAACAUUGCAGGAAGUUCUUUUGCUUCAAGCACAGCGGCGAGUCCAGAAAAAGAUGCAGCAGCUGCUAGCAUUGCAAGUGAUGGAGGACCUGAUGUUGACAAGAAGGCUGAUGAAUUCAUAGCCAAAUUCAGAGAGCAGAUCAGGCUUCAAAGGAUAGAAUCUAUCAAGAAAUCAAGCGCACAGAUAAGAAGAAACCCUUCAAAAUAAUGUUUGAAGAUCAUUCGGUCUACUAGAGAGUUGACAGGAUGGAUUUGGAUUCGGUGUUUAAAUUUUUUUUCUUUUAUCCUCGCAUCAUUACUAAUCUUAAUUGGCACCAGGAUCUUAGAAACUCAUGCUACACAGAGAUUGCAUGGUUUACUAUCAAGUAAACUGCAAUUGAAUUGGAGAAUUAAUACAUCUUCUUCCUCUUUGGUCACAA